GACUACUGCAAGAAUUCAGCUAUCAAGCUCGAGUACGCCGCCCCCAACACCCCUCAACAAAUUGAUGUAUCGGAACGGGACGGACAAACCCUGGCCGGAGUCACCCGGUGUCUUCUGAAGGAUGGAGAUUUUCCGCCGUCCAUGUGGGGGGAGUUAAUGCUGACUGCAGCAUACCUGUUGAACAGGUCCCCACACUCAGCACUGGGAGGAGCUACGCCAUACUCGAAGUUGCACAAUAAGUCACCUGAUCUCUCGGGACUUCGGGUCAUUGGAGCGCGCGCCUUCGUACACCACGAGAGAUACCGAAAGAAGCUGGACGACAGAGCUUUCGAAGGCAAGCUAUGUGGUUUCGGCCUCGACAGCCAGACCUACCGGGUAUUGAAUCCAUCCAACGGGGCCGUGGUCGAGAGCCGGAAUGUGACUUUCAUCGAAUCCCCACCCCGCUCAGUGCCCUUCCAGUAUUCCACUGGAGCAAACGGGUACGAGAGCGACGUGCUGAACUUCACCUCCCUGCUGGACAGUCCCCACUCGACGAGCGACCUGGACUUCACGGCGCAGAACGAACUCCUUCGGCAAGAAGUCCGGAAGAUGCAGCAAGACAAUCUCGCUCGGGAGAAGCUUCGCCUAGAACUGGACGGGCACGAGGACGAACAUGGAAACGGGCAAGAUCUCGGCGACGGGGACGCUCCAUCACCACAUCUCCCAUCGACGCCAGCUGGAUCGUCAUCCGAGACCCACGCAUCUAGCCCCAGUCCAUCAUCGUCGAACCCGACUGAACCGGACACUUCUGCAUCAACUGGAUCCUCCGGCAUGCGGCGCCUGCAAGUCACCAGAGCCAGCACGCGCGGGAAGCCCACCAGCGACGAUCAUAUCGACGUCAACUUGGUUCCUGCUAAUCUAGAAGUCACCAUGAACGACCGCGGUCGAGCCCAUGCUACAACGGGCCGCGUAGAGCCAUCCGGUCUUUCCUUCACUCAGCUGGCUGAGAUAGCCGAUCAAGCCCAGCUCCCAUGCCCUGGCGAUACUGAGGAUUUCGCCCACGUUGCAGAAGACCCCUUCACGGUGCCGCGUGCUCACGCCUACGUCACGACCACUCACGAACACCACGGGAUCUUGGAGGAGACGAAUCAAGCGAUCAAAAUCCCCAACACCUACGACGAAGCCAUGAGCUCUCCCCAGCGCGAAGAAUGGAAAGGAGCGUGCAGCAAGGAAAUGGACUAUCUGCGGAAACACAACGUCUACAAUCUGGUGCCCUUCAGCAGUGUUCCCAAGGGAGAGAAGAUCCUCGGAACGAAAUUCGUCUUCAAGAAUAAGCUGGACGGACGCUUCAAAGCUCGCCUGGUAGUCGGAGGACAUCGUCAAGAGCCAGGACAGGACUACGGACGCAGCUACGCACCAGUAUGCCGUAUCGGGAGCAUUCGCAUGACGUGCGCCAUUGGCUGCCACAACAACUGGCCCAUCUACCAACUGGACGUUGUCGGUGCCUUCCUGAACGCCCUGUGCGACAGAGAUGUGUACGUCAGACCCGCCCCCGGUACAUCCGCCAAGAACUCCGCGACGGGAGAACCCAUGGUGUACAAACUAGAACGGAGCCUCUAUUGGAGAUGUACAGAGUGUGAACCUCUGAGGUAG